CUAGCAACCAAUGUAGCCCGUUGCCAAAACUACCGCCGUCCGACAUUCACGAGUUUAUGUCAGGUUUUUGAUCCACUGCGGAAAAAAAGUAAAAGCAGGGAAAUAUGGCUGAGUCACUGGAAGAGUUCCAAAUGGUCCUCAGUGAGCUGACUGAGGAACAGGAGGACCCAAACAUGGACAAGAUUCGUGAAGAGUACGAGAAGCUCCUCAAUGCGCUGACCAAGUCCUACGCCAAUGAGAAAAGGCUCAUGACGAAAUGUAAGGAACUCAGUGCAGAGAUGGCCUCAGCCUCAACUAAAUUCGAAGCGGCCCUAAAGAUGUCUCAUGACGAUGAGUCAACUAUUACGUCUCUUAAAACGGAAGUAGAAAAAGCUUGGAAAAUGGUGGACGCUGCUUACGUUAAGGAGCAGGCCCAAAUGGAGACUAUCAAGAAUCUACAAGAAGAGGUUGCCAGUCUAACACAACUAGCAGAACAACAAAGUUUGGCCUCUGCCAACCAAGAUCAGAGUGAUUUGCUAAAAAUGAUUGAAGAACUGACCAACGAGCGUGAUCGCCUGCUGACAACGGUCGAGAGUCUAAGAGAACAGUUGAGCAUUGCCACUUCCAGCAAGAACAAGGCUGAGACUCAAAGGGAGGAUGCCUUAAACAACAUUUCAAAGCUUCAACAUGAGAUCCAGCUGCAGCAGAACGACAUUUCCCGUGAACAGAGGUUAAAGGAAAAACUGGAGAAGGAGUUGAAUGAGCUCCGCAUCGACGUGGAAACCAAGAUCAGAGAGAUCCAGACUCUGAAAAAGGACGCCCAAAAAUUCAAAGACGAGCAGCAGAGAUCAGUGCAACAACUGAAAUCAAUGAAGACUGCCAUCGAGAAAGUCACCAAAGACCUGGAUCAGUUGCAAAAUAAAACCAACAAGCUGCAGCGUGACCGUGAUCAACUUGUAUCGGUCAGAGAGCGCCUGUUUUUGGAAAAUCAGAAGAACCUGUGUGAACUUAAGUUGCAAGAAGACGUGGUGAAUCAGAUGCGGCAAGAGAUUACCAAGGAAAGAAAGAUGAAAGAGGCCAUCCAGAAGAAGUUUCGCGUCCUGGAGGACCAGAAAGCCGAUGUGGAAGUGCAGAGAGAAAUUCUGAAAACUCGUAUUGCUGGUCUGGAGAAAGAGUUUGAGGGUUCCCAAAAGCAAGUGGAAGCUGACAAAAAAGCCAUUGUAGAGCUGAGCAGAGAGCGAGAGCUUUUGAAUAAGAGUGUGGCCAAAGCUGUCGAAGAGACGGAGGAACAGCAGUGCCUCGUGAUGGAGCUUGAGAACGACAAGAAAGUGUUACAACAAGAGAUUGUCGGCUACCUCCAGGAGGCCCAGAAGCAGCGCAAGAUCAUCCAGCAUCUGGAGAAAGAACGUGACCGCCACAUUAACGACACUAACACCCUUUUGAAAGAGGUGCAACAAAAAAUGAACGAAAUAGAAACCAGCGAGAUGGCGAUACAUAACUGGAAGAAGAGAGUCGCUGAAGAAGAGGUCAAGCUCAAAAGGAAAGAGGACCUCCUGGAGUCUGUGAUAUUGGAGAGGAACCAAUAUAGCAAAACCCUCGUUGAGGCUCAGGACAGCAUUGCAAAGCUGAGGAUCAGGAUGAGGGCCUUGAACAACCAGAUGACACAGCUGAAAGAUGAGAUCACUGCAAAGGAGAUUAUCAUUCACAAAGGCCAGCAGCACCACAAGCGCUUAGAGCGAGACAACGAGGCUCUCAAGGGGGAGCUGAAGCUGAUCAAGCACCAACUGGAGGAAGAACUGCAACGUGUUGAGAAUCUAAAAGUAGAACAGGACAAACUUGAGAAAAUAAUUGCUGAAAACGAAAUUGACCGAGUACAAAAGAAAAAACAAGCGGAUCAGGUGAUCAGGGAACGGGACAACCUGGGCAAGCAGCUGCUGCAGCGCAACGAAGAACGGACGCUCCUGUAUGAGAAGAUCAAGAUCCAGAUAUCGAUCAUAAGCAAGAGGGACUUCCAUCACAAUCAGCGAAUGGAAGACAUCCGCCUCCUCAAGCUGGAAAUCAAGAGGCUCAGACGUGAGAAGAACAUCCUGGACAAGACUGUGCCCAACACAGACGAGCUGAGGCGAGAGAUGUUUCACCUACAGAGGGAGUUGGACAAAGAAAGGAUCAGGACCGGCAUCCUUGAGGAGCAACUAAACCCCAUAAAUAUUCACCGAUGGAGACGACUGGAGGGCAGUGACCCCUGCAAGUACGAACUGAUCCAGAAGGUUCAUACAUUACAGAGAAGACUCAUCAAUAAGACUGAAGAGUUUGAGGAGCAGGAAUUCUUAUUACAGGAAAAGGAUAAGCUAUAUGUGGAACUGCAGCAGCUUUUGGCUCGGCAGCCGGGUCCUGAGACACUUGAACAGCUUGGGCAUUGCCAGAGGACAUUAAGGGAAAGGACCAAAAAGCUUAUGGCAUUGACAGCAGAGGUGAGAGUGCUGGAUGCAAAGAUGAAUGAGUACAAAAGUGAAAAUCAAAGGUUGAUCACUGAGCUCGCAGACAUGAAGAAGAAGUACUUCAGUCAGAAAAAGCUACAAAGUGAGAAGGCCAACAGCAAAGUGGAACACUUGGUGCUGCCUCAGUUGAUCAACAAGCCACACUUCACAGGAGGAGGCUUCAAGUUUGAUGAAAUCUUCAGAUGAUAAUGGAUGUUUUUCACAAUACGCUGUCAGAAUUUUUACCCCCACCUGUCAUGUUUUUUAAAUGAAUAAUAUAAAAUAAAUAUGAAUAUUUGUCCAUUGAACUGUGUUAUAAAUGUGUUUUCUGUAUGAUUCCAAGUCAUUUUGAACAUUUUCUGAAGUAUUUGUAUUUCUGAUCAAAUACAGGGCAGAAACCAGAAACCUGAGAUGAGGCUGCAGCAAAUCUCUCCUCUCGGCUUAAGUGCGCGAG